UUACUCAAACGUUACAUUCCAAAUCACUCCAACGGCUACUUCCCCUGCUCUUUAACUCCCAACUCUUCCCACACAAAUUACUCGCACAAAAUCCCGACUGAAUCUCAAAAAUCAAUAACAAUGUCGAAACAAAGACAUGAAGAGCGAGAAUUUUUCCUAGGAGACCGCGGCGGAGCCGUGACGGUGGUGGAAUAUCUACAAUCCAUAAUGUCAAAAGAACUUCUCGGAAAAUUUCCAGACAACUCUGCAUUCGAUUUCGACUACACACAAAGCUCAAUCUGGUCACCUCUGAUUCAACGCCAAAAUGGUCGAGGCUUGGAUAUGGAGGAAUUAAGUAAAUCAUUGUCGUCGUCUUCGUCGUUUUCUCCGUCUGUGCUGCAGAGGAAGUUGGAGUACAAUGAGGAGGAGGAUUGUGAUGAAAUGGCGGAGAAUGAGAUUAGUAGCAAGUGUAUCACAAGUUCUGUGAGUAUCAAGAAACUCACGGCCGUUUUCAAGAGAAAGAUCGGCGUGAAUGUGUUUGAUAGUUUUAGGAUUUAUCGCGAUGCGAAGAUGAAGAAAAAGUGUAACAGAAAAGGGCUUGGUUUCUCCCCGAGCGGUGCUGUUAAAUCUCCAAAUCUCAGAAAGGGAUGGGCGAAGAUGCUGAAAGCAGGGUCAGGACAGUUCAAGAGGACAAGCAAGAAGAAAGAUAAUGGCAAUGCAAGUCAGCUGAAGUUUUCUCACAAGUACCUGGGAUAUUUAAAUGACUGAAUGCUAGUGUUCUUUUCCUCUUGGCCUGCUGAUUUCAUACUUGCCAGGCAGGCUGCUAGUUUUUAGUGUUUUUUACGUUGUCCAUUACUAUGUCAAAUGUCAAGUAAUGCUGCUAUUCAGUUAUUCAUUCACAUUUAUUGUAUUAUUCGACUAUUUAUUUUUUUGUACCGUGAAUAAAAAAGUCGACUCUUAAAACUU